AUGUCGCUGACCGACGGCCACACGGUAGACUGCACUACCGGAGGUGGCUCUCUGUGCCCCACCUUACGGCCCGAACGACAGGGCUAUCUGGCGCGGGCGCCGAUUCCGACGGUCGGACCUGCGCGGCGAAGACACCCGAAUACGACGAGUCAACGGCGUGCCACUCGUAAUGACACCUGGGCGCAGCAGGAUCUUCGUGUGCAAAAUGCGACGGUGACCAGGGCCGCUUUAGCAGUGCCCCGCAGAGACAAAGUUGCUAAACGGGUUCGUUCACCUAGUCUCGUUGUCAAGGAGGAAGAGUUCGCCGGACGACGCCGGGGGGGAGGGGGUGCUGGCCCAGGCGCUUCAACAGAGCAGGAUCAGUCUGUGGCACAGGUCCCAACGUCAAUAUUUGUAUUUUGA